CUCUCUACCUCUCUACCUCUCUACCUCUCUACCUCUCUGCCUCUCUGCCUCCGCCUCUGCCUCUGCCUCUGCCAUCCCCUCCCCCUCUGCUGCCGCCGCUGCCGCAGCAGCAUCAUCCUCUCCUGGCCGCGCCAAGCCGCGCCUCAGAUGCCCCGGGAGGGCGCGAUCCGGGGCCUCCGCUGCCACCACGGCCUCUUGGCCCUAUCCUGACCGAAGACCCCCGCGCCUUCAUCGACCACGCGGGCCACUUUCGUGGGGGGUGGCGAGGUUGGCAUCUGGCCAGCCUCGCCCUGGCACCCAUAGGCUUCACAGGGCCGCUGGUGCCAGUUGGCUCACAGGAGAGGAAACUGAAGCCCCUGGGGUGGGAAAACGAUUGGCCCAAGGUCACCCUUAGGAGCUGAUUUGAAAAUGAUGCCAUCCAUCCCCUCCAGUUCUCUCAUUUUAUUUAGGGGGUUGCGGGUGGGGACCGAAGCUUAGGGCUUUCCUAGCAACACCAGGUGCUGAAUCCAUAGCUGGGAGACCCCAGAGGUUAUCUUAUUUUACCGAGGGGGAAACUGAGACUGAGGGACAAGGUCAGUAAUCAAUCCAAACCUGACCUCCAAACGGGGCCUCUGCUGUUGUUUCCUGGGUCUUUGAGCAAAUCUUUUCCCCUGCCUGGGCCUCAGUUUCCUCCUCUAUAAAAUACGGAGGCUGGUUUGGAUUACCACAGGUCUCUUUCAGCUCCAGAUCUCUGAACCUAGGUCCACUCGAGCUGAAAGGGAUCUCAUCGGCCAUCUAUUCAGCUCCUAUAACAGGAGUGGAAACUGAGGCUCAGAGAGAUGAGGAGGCCUGGCCAAGGUCACAAUUCUAAUCGCAGAAGAGAGAACUAUUCAUCCUAAAACAGAAGGUCUGUGUGUUCUAUUGUCGGCUUCCAAAGAUUACUAACUUCUAUCUAUAACCUUAAAAUUGAACUGCCUUGGCUCUCCUGCUGUUCCUAUUGCUGCUUCCAUUACUGCCUUCUUCAAACAACACUCAAAAUCCAAAGAAUAACAAAAGACAAACACGAUUUUUAGACGCCUUUCCACAAUGAAACUUAAGCUAGAUGUGCUUACUCUUAUUUUGCUCCCUGUCCACUUAUUAAUAUCCAUAUACAGUGCCCUUAUAUUUAUUCCAUGGUAUUUUCUUACCAAUGCCAAGAAGACAAGCACUAUGGCAAAACGAAUUAAAGCUAAACCCACCUCAAACAAGCCUGGAAGUCCCUACCGUUCUAUCACCCACUUCGACUCACUAGCUGUCAUAGACAUCCCUGGCGCAGAUACCCUGGACAAACUGUUUGAUCAUGCAGUAACCAAGUUUGGGAAGAAGGACUGUCUUGGGACCCGGGAGCUGUUAAGUGAAGAAAAUGAGAUGCAGCCAAAUGGAAAGGUGUUUAAAAAGCUAAUCCUAGGAAACUAUAAAUGGAUGAACUAUGUCGAGGUGAACCAGAGAGUGAAUAAUUUUGGCAAUGGACUUACUGCAUUAGGCCUGAAACCAAAGAGCACAAUUGCCAUCUUCUGUGAGACCAGGGCAGAAUGGAUGAUCUCAGCCCAGACCUGCUUUAAGUAUAACUUCCCCCUUGUAACUCUGUAUGCCACUCUUGGUAAAGAAGCCGUAAUCCAUGGACUGAAUGAAUCAGAAGCAUCCUAUCUGAUCACAAGUGUUGACCUUCUGGAGCAUAAACUUAAGACCGCCCUUGUAGACAUCAAAUGUGUUCAGCAUAUCAUCUAUGUGGGCAAGAAAACUGUUGAUAAAUCAGAAUACCCCGAAGGAUUUGAGAUUCAUAGCAUGAGUUCAGUGGAGGAAUUGGGAGCCAGGCCCGAAAAUGCAAACUUCAGCCCCAUUAGACCGGGCCCUUCGGACCUGGCUAUUGUGAUGUACACCAGCGGCUCUACAGGGAGACCUAAGGGAGUAAUGAUGCAUCACUGCAACUUGAUAGCCGGAAUGACAGGGCAGUGUGAGCGGAUUCCUGGCUUGGGACCAAGAGACACCUAUAUCGGCUACUUGCCUUUGGCUCACGUGUUGGAGUUGACAGCAGAAAUAUCGUGCUUUACGUAUGGCUGCAGGAUUGGCUACUCCUCUCCUCUUACACUGUCGGAUCAGUCCAGCAAAAUUAAAAAAGGAAGCAAAGGCGACUGCAGCGUUCUGAAGCCCACACUCAUGGCGGCUGUUCCGGAAAUCAUGGACAGAAUUUACAAGAAUGUUAUGAGCAAAGUUCAAGAGAUGAACUAUUUUCAGAAAACUCUUUUCAAGAUAGGCUACGACUAUAAGCUGGAACAGAUCAAGAAAGGAUACGAUGCUCCUCUGUGCAAUUUCCUCCUGUUCAAAAAGGUAAAAGCCCUACUGGGUGGCAAUGUCCGCAUGAUGCUUUCUGGAGGGGCCCCGCUUUCGCCACAGACACACCGCUUUAUGAACGUUUGUUUCUGCUGCCCCAUUGGCCAGGGUUAUGGAUUAACAGAGUCUUGUGGAGCUGGAACAGUUACUGAAGUUACUGACUAUAGCACUGGCCGAGUUGGAGCCCCUCUUAUCUGCUGUGAAAUUAAACUGAAGGACUGGCAAGAAGGAGGCUAUACAAUUCAUGACAAGCCAAACCCCAGGGGAGAGAUUGUCAUCGGCGGACAGAAUAUUUCCAUGGGCUAUUUCAAAAAUGAAGAAAAAACUGCAGAAGAUUAUUCUGUGGACGAAAAUGGGCAAAGAUGGUUUUGUACUGGCGAUAUUGGCGAAUUCCAUCCUGAUGGGUGCUUACAGAUCAUUGAUCGCAAGAAAGAUUUGGUGAAGCUGCAAGCUGGAGAGUAUGUGUCUCUGGGCAAGGUGGAGGCCGCCUUGAAGAACUGUCCACUCAUAGACAACAUCUGUGCUUACGCCAAAAGUGACCAAUCUUAUGUGAUCAGUUUUGUGGUUCCUAAUCAGAAGAAGCUGAUGACCUUGGCCCAACAGAAAGGGGUAGAGGGAUCCUGGGUAGACAUCUGCAACAAUCCCACCAUGGAAGCAGAAAUAUUGAAGGAAAUUAAAGAAGCUGCAAACACCAUGAAACUGGAGCGUUUCGAGAUCCCAAUCAAAGUGCGCCUGAGCCCGGAGCCCUGGACUCCAGAAACUGGCCUGGUAACUGAUGCUUUCAAGUUGAAAAGGAAGGAACUGAAGAACCAUUAUCUCAAUGACAUUGAGAGAAUGUACGGGGGCAAAUGAUUAUCUGGCCUUUUCCAAAUGUAGUUGGGGCCUGCCCUCGACAGUACCAAGCCCCAGUGUUUUCUUUUCGCCUCUCUGGCUAUUAGACUAUACAUAUAGCUAUACAAUCUAAAGUUAAUCAAAUCAAAGCAAAACACAAGACCAAUUCCAAUAGCUAUUGGGUCUCCUCUAAUUUUUCCUUGCAUUGUUGUAACAAAAAAUCUAGAUGCGAAGUCAUUUGCCUCUAGCUCGUUUAUUGGAUCUUGAUUCUUGACCCCAUCUGAGCCACAAAGCCAAAACGUAACUCCCGGGAUAGGAUUGGGCCCCAGGUUCAUUUCAGAUCCCUUAACCACAGCAAAAGUAAAUUCGGCACACAGUAAAUGAGCAAAUUUGCACUUUCUGGGGUCAGUUGUUUUCCUAAUUUAGAACCGUCUAUCCAAGACGGGUUUGACAAAUCGAUGAUAUAGGUCACUACUCAGUGCAGCAGCGCCAGGGGGCUUUGCCAUUCACCAAAAGACCAAUUUGUGGCUCUAGCAUCAUAAUCACAUACAAAUGAAAUACAGUGUUCUUGAAAAGCGUCUGUAAGGCGGAGAAAUAAGUUUACAGACGCGUGGUAGAGAUGGUGUCAUCUGUACGGCAGUAGAAUCUUGUGGAUACUUUACAGUGCCUGAAGCGUGAACUGAAACAAAAAACAUUACUAAAGUAAUAUAUUUAAAGGGGAACUGGAUUGCUCUUCCUACUGAAGGAGCUCCAAAUUCAAUAAACCACAUUCCUUUGACAUUUAUAAGUGGUGAGCAUGUGUCUGGGGGGGUGGGGGGGGGCGGGGUUUCUGUCAAUGUCUGUCAUUGUUUGUCUGAAAACCAGGGAUCGAAAGCAAAAUGAUGGGUGGAAGGUUACGAUUAUGUGUCGUCUGAAAGGCGACGGGGUCUCACCAGUGGCUGUGACUAACACACAACACUGAGGACUUAGGAAGAGCUCACAUUUGCUAUUGUUUCGAUGCCUCUGGGGAAUCCAUUUCUACGUUUACUUCCAUUAAAAUGGCUCCCUUUUAGGGUUUUUCUGUCGCUGCUUGGGAUUGUUCGUAGUUUUCAUUUUGCCAAGUCUUGCUGUUCACCCUAAUUCUAGUAGAUCGACAAAUACGUUAUUUUCUUAGCUAUCAUUUUCAGGUCCCAUGGGUGAAUAACCUGGUUCCGUUUGGGGAAGUUGGCUUAAAAGGGAAGAAAGCUCUUUCUUCCUCUUGGUAGAAGAAGUUAGAAACUGGAAGUUGUAGGUGUGAGCGGGGGCCUGUUCAAUAAGGGUUCGUUUAUUGUUUAUGCUGUAACUUAUUGUGUGUGUGAUUGUUUUUUAACCCUUUGAAGAUCUCUCUCCCUUUUUCCUGCUGGCUGUUCACACCUGAACUAUGAUUACUAUUUUAAAGAAAAAAAAGGGAACGUUUUGAAUACGUUCUACUUUGCACUUUUUUUCUUAAUCAUUUUAUGUUGUGUGUGUGCGUGUACACCUUACAUUUCUUAAAAAAAAAAAAAAAGUUGGCUGCCACUACAACAGGAUAGUGUUCCUUACUCUAAAAUAUUUAUAUUAUAAAGAAAAUAGAUUCUUCUAUUCAUAAAUAUUUAAAUGUUAUGUAUAUGAUGGUAAAAAGGAAAAUAAUCUGGAAUGAAGGUUUUUGUAAAGAUGUAUCUGCUUCGUGUUCAGGGAUGUGAAAUUCUGGGCAAAUUGUUUGUGCAAUGAAAUGUGUAUGUGGAUAAUUCUCCCUAUCCCCCAGCUCUCCUUUGAUCUGUAAAAGUCAGCCAUUGUUAGUAAGUGGACAACUCAUCAUCCUUGACUGUUUGUGGCCCGCUGUUUUGGGACUGGCCUUUGUGGCCUCUUUUCUUGACCGUUUUAAUUUUUCUUUCCAUCUUAAAGCCGCCUUUGAGAAAGGUGAUUUUGAUCCAAUGUGUGUGAUAUUUUCUCUCAGCUUUUCGUUUUCCUCUUCUCAUCUCCCUAAAGCUAGAACACUGCCAACUAAUCUACUGUCUAGACCCUUUAGAUUGAGUAAAUUAACACUUUUAGGUGCUGCUAAUUCUUUACAAAAAUCCAAAUAUCGUUUAAGGGACCAGGACCAGGGAGAUGCCACUACGCCCCACUUUUUUUUUAAUCCAAAUGCAUCUUUGUUUACAUACACAGAAAAGUCUUUUCCAUAUCACUAGUGGCUUUUCAGAGAUUUGAUCCCAGAGACUGACCCCACAUAUUUUUUAUACUUGUUUAAAUUGCUCACUAUUGAGUUUGAUUCUGUCAGCCAUUUCACAAAAGCCAUAAUUCUAAAAAAUGAAACCGAAAACUAGCCCAAUUCCAUAGGCAUGAUUCUAAGCUGAACCUCUGUGAUUUUUGCUUUCGACACCUACAAUAUCUCAUCUCUCUACUGUUUUUUUGUCAUGACCUCCAUUGUACGUAGAAGUAUAAUUGCAUAACUUUCAGAGAUUGAAAUACAUUUGAAUGGUUCACGAAGUCAGAGCACCUAGAAAGAGGGCUUCGUUCCUUUGAUCACAGAGAUGAAUUAGAAUACUUAGCUGAUAUUGUCUCUAUAGAAUAUGUAACAUGUUUCUAAAGUAGAGAAAUAGGAGCAGAAAGGAGUGUGCUGUUUUCUUGGUUUAGGGGGAAAUGUUUAAUUUUCAAAUAUGCACCUAUUUGUACUUUCUGUUUAAAUGCAUGAUUGCGAAAUCAUUAUUGGGUGUGGUGUGUUGAUUCCAAAUGGAAAGUUUUGUUGUAUUUUCAAAGUUUGCACUCAAAUCUUAAGAAAUAAAUUCAUCCAUAGUAUCAAGCCAA